CUCACUUAGCUUCCGGCUGUCAGAGAGAAAACAUCUCUGUAAUAUACGCCACACAGUUUGUGAGUGGCACACAAAAUUUUUUCAAUAUUUCAAUUUGGUUUAAUAGUAAGAUUCACCUGAAAACUUUGUGCAAGUUGGAUUCGUGUGUGAAAUUUCAUUUAGAUAUCAAAAUUUAUACAUCAAAUUUUCAAUCAGUGUUGGUGUGUGUGGCUCAGUAGUGAAACAUUGCACUCAAUUUAGUGCAAGUGAAAAAUUAAGGAAAUCAAGAUUUGCUCAUUGAGAGUACCCGACAUUCAUACGCAGUUUCAAAAAAAAUUUUAAUGAAACUUUUCAUUUACGUCAUCAUCGAAUACGAUAUACACUCAGCAGCACAAUGAAGAGAGAAGUAACACUGGCAGCAGAUUUAUUGCUAAAACUUAAGAACGACCAAAAAAGUUCUUUAAAGCUUAAUCAACUGAUAAGCUUUAAAGAAUCUUUAAUUCAAGUUCUUGAAAAAAGAUUUAGCGGGCAUUGGUAUCCUCAGAAACCAACUAGAGGAAGUGCAUUUCGAUGCAUUCGAAUCAAUACGAAAAUGGAUCCUGUGGUGGUCGAAGCUGGUAGCAUUGCUGGUAUCGAAAUCAACGAUCUUCGUACCAUCUAUCCAACAGAAUUAACUAUUUGGAUAGAUCCUAGCCAUGUGUCUUAUCGUAUUGGAGAAAAUGGUUCAACAUGUGUACUCUUCGAUGGUGUUUCCGAAAAAAGCGAUUAUGUCGAUAAUUCCAAGCCUAAAAACAUCCAGGUUGUGAAAAACGACAAAGUCAGCACCGCGAAUGAGUGUGAUUCAUCACUACCCAGUUCUCCUAAAAUUGAUCUUGAGAAGCAAAAUACGAGUCAAGAGCGCCACGACAACGUAAGCCCCAGUAAACUUAACGCUUCUAGCCCACCUUUUCAUCCAUCUCCACGAGCUAACUCGACAACAAAGAAAGCUGAAUACAUCGCGCGUCCAGUGCCAACAGUUUCAUCGCGUCCAUACUUUUUCACGUACGUUAACGGAGAAAUGGUUCAUUUUACACCAUCUGUAAGAAUCUCAUCGCAACCAUCCACACCGCAAUAUGGUUGUGGUGCCAUGGACAUUCUCAGCAGCGAUAUUAAUAAUAUAAAUAUUCAUUGCAAUAACAAUACUUAUGUUUCCAGUUAAAAUGGUCAUUACAUCAUUGACAUCGUAAUUUCAUGAUCUAUCAAUGCACAUUUAUUAUUAGACAUAUCUUACUUCUUAAUAAGAUAAAAGUAUAUAUUCUUAUAAAAAACGUUUAUUUAGCUAUAAUGUACAUUAACGAAAAUGUUGUAUUGGUAGAUGUGAAAAUUUUUAAUUCAUUUUUCUCUUGGAACUGUGUACAUAAAUAAUGUAUAUAAGAUAAAUAUAAAAAUCAUGAAUUUCGUAUACAAGAAAGCAUGAUCCUAACAAUAAAUUGAUCUCAUGUAACAAUUAAAAAUGAAAAUGAAUCCUUGUAUUUCAUAAAUUUUUCCCUAGUAAAAAUAGCGUCAGUUAAGGAGAUCUGUACCCGAGCUUAAAAAUUAAAAUUUUGAUCCAGUUUUUUGAAACUUCUAUUCAAUAUUUCUCUGAAAGCGACCUUAAAAACAUCAAGAUGAAGGUCGCCAUGGAGCCCUUUAAAAAAAUAUUAACUAGAAGUUUCAAAAAACUGGAUCGAAAUUUUUAUUUUUGAGCUGAGGUACGGAUCUCCUUAAAGAAAAUAAUUCAAACAGCAGGAAUGAAAACAUAAAUUUUUUUAAAUAUUCGAUUUGUAAACAUUCGAUAAACGUACAUAUUAUUCAUAGUUUGUUGUAUAAACAAUGGUAUUUGAAAAUUCGUUUUUAUAAAGAUUUGUAUCGAAAACACAUCAAGUGAAAACAACUCAUCAGUCUAUGCUCACCUCUAGUAAAUAUUCAGUUUUACAUAGCUAGUAUGUGCAUAUGGUGAAAUGUAUAGUGUUAUCAAGUCAAUAAAGUGUCAUCACUGAAACAGAGGAAUGUGUACAUAAGAUGGUUAGUUCAUCGAUAUGAAUUUUUCAUGUAAUAUUUUGUAUAAGUUAACAAAUGAUACUAUGUGACAGAAACGGAGCAGUUGUGAUUUUUCUUCGCGGGAUGGAGAAAGUAUGUAAUUUGAUUUAAAUGUAUGUUUAACGAUUGAAAAAUAUGUGUAUAUUUUCAUUUUUAAUAAUGAGAGCAAAUGUAUCGUGAAUUUUAUAAUAUAUAAAUAGUUCUCUCGGACGUGGAAGAAUGAAAAAUGUCAUUCACAAGAGAGGAUAGCGUACAGACUGAUUGGUGUAAAUUGAAUCAUUUACAUAUGCUCAAAUUUAAUCGCUGAUACAUUUUUUUAUGGAUGAAAUUGAACUCUUGAUAUAUUUUUCACAGGGACUGAUCAAAUGUAAUAUUUUUAUUCUUAACUGUAAUGAAGAAAUAUGAAUUAUAAUUUUAAAAAAAUUAUCUAUAAUCAAUUUUGUCUGUGAUGAUCAGAAAUGAAUAAACUUUCUAUAAACUUAAAAAUAA